CAAAACCGAAUUCUCUGUAAACCCAAAAGCGAACCGAAAAGCCCAGCAUUUCCACUGCCCUUCUUCUCCAUCGUUUCCCAUCAUCGACGAGACAACCAGACGAGCCUCAACCUUGGACGGCUCGACCAGAGACUCCGACGACCACUCGACACUCACACCUCGAUGAUCUACUGUUCUGCACAGAAGCACCAGGAAGAAGUUACAGCUAUAGCUUCGUAAGCGUAUUCAUAGGAGAAAUGAAACUUGUUCAGGAUGUUCUAAGGUCUCUUGCAGCUGGCAUUUCACCUAGUUGCCAUGGUUUUUCAAUCACCAGGACUCUGGCCACAAGUAGUGCUUCAGCUAUCGACCCCUAUGCAAAUACAAACACUUCAGAGACAUUGGAUGACUUUGAAAGAAGCAUUUUUGGUGAUCUUCCAGGAAGCAGUUUGACUUCAAGUUCCUUUUUUCAGAAAUUAGAUCAGCAAAAAAAGGCUUUAGAUAGAUCUAGAAUGAAUGGUCCUUCUAGAAGAUCAGGGUUUUUGGAUGGUUUAGAUGAUAGUUUCACAUCUUUGACUGAUGGUAUGGAUGGGAAAUUGAAAGAAGCUGCUACUUACUUUGAAUAUGACAUGAAUGAAAUUGAAAAAGAUGAUUAUAAAUUCAGAUCAGAUGUCACUUUUUGGCCUGGUAACACUUAUGAUGUUAAGGAUCUUGAUCUUACAAAACCAGGUAUUCGUAAGCCAUCAAAAAGAUUAGAGUUUGAAGUAACAACACAAGAAGUUCUACAAAAAGCUGAUUUCAGGAAUGUGAGGUUUCUUGCUAACUUUAUAACCGAGGCUGGAGUUAUUAUCAAGAGAAGCAAGACAAAAAUCAGUGCAAAAGCACAGAGGAAGAUAGCUAGAGAGAUAAAAACAGCAAGGGCAUUUGGAUUAAUGCCAUUUACAACAAUGGGAACAAAACACUUCAUUUAUGGGAGGACAAUGCAGGAUCUUGACAAGGAUUAUGAGUAUGAAGUUUAUGAGCAGAAUUUUGUUGAUUCAGAUGCUUCUUAGAGCCUUUUGUUUUUGUUUGUUGUAAGUGUCUUUAUCCAUUUAGACCUUUUUUUUUUUUAUUACUGAAUGAUUCCAAAGUACAUUUUUGUUUUGAGGAGAUUACAUCUCUCAACAUCAUGCUGAUCUAUAUUGUAGGAUUGGCUUUUGCUUAUUGCUUAUGUAGCACCACCUCAUCUCCCAAAUGAAAUAAACAUAUAAACGUUGAAGUUUUUUA